AACUAAACCCAAAAACAAAACCAAGUACUGAGCAGUAUUAUAUGAGCUGACUCUGCGUGGAAUGUCAGUUGUCUGUCUGUCUGUCUCUCUCUCUGCCUCUCUCUCUCUCUUUCUCUCGCGUUGACUUGCUCCAACUUCCCCGGGAGAGGGGAAAACGCUCCCUAGUCCAUCUUUUAAUCAUGAGCCUGUUUUAAUUGAGCUUUCCCAGCGCGGGUUACCAGUAGAUCUGCUUCUUUGUCUUGAAUGGCUUUGUCUUGAAGAAGAAGAAGAAAAAAUAAUAAUAAUAUGUAGAUGUUUUAACUUAUUUAUAUAAAGCGAGUGGUGUUACUUGAAGUAACUGUAAAAAGGAGGGGGGAGACUACACACUCACCAAAAAAAAAAAAAAAAAACCCAGUAAGGGAGAGCCAUCGACUCCCUUCUUCCUUCCUCCCCCCUCCCUCUCUUUCUCCCCCACCCCUGUUUCCACCCCCAUGUUUCUCUGUGUGUUGCACUCGCUGUGCUUAACUGUGCAUGUGUGUUCAAAAAAAUAAUAAAAAAGUGUCGGUGUCUGUAUAGCUCCAAGCUGUGGCCAAGAUUUCCAAUCCAAACCUACCUAUCUUAAUUCCUGUUGUCAUUAAUGGCUGUUGUAGAGGUGAAAUGAUGAAAUACAAAAACGGAACUGUGUCCUAACUUGUAGUGAAUAUAGUGAAUCUGUGACGAAAACUGUGAUCCCAGACAGUAUGUCCUUGCUGUGCCUUUGUAUAUGACUCCUUUUUUGCACGAACUCUCGAAAAAGUGGCUUUUUCUUAAGCGCAGCUUCAGUAAUGUAUAGGGUGCUUUCUUUCUUGCUUUCCUUCUCUCUCUUUCUUGUGGAUAAAGUUACACAUUGAGUCAAAGUCUGGCUGGCUGUCUGAGCAAAAAAAAUAAUGUGAUCGGCCUUUUAAAAAUGUUUUGUUUUUUUUUAAAAAAAGAACUGACUGGAAAAAUAAACUUUCUAUUGUAAGGGUUUCCCCCAUUUCUUUGUGCCCAGAUCCCCCUUUCCUGGUUGGUACUCUAAGGUACCUCAAGAUGACCUCCUUUAGUAGUCUCAUUAGAUCAAAGUUGAGAAGAAACUAAGCUUUUCCCAACUAAAAGGGUGGGAAUUGCCCUACAUUUCUCUGGAUUGGGUUGCUGUGAGUUUUCCAGAAGGAACAUGGCCUUACAGCCCGGAAAACUCACAGUAGCCCAGUGAUUCCAGCCAUGAAAACCUUCGACAACACAUUUUCUCUGGAUUACUGAGUUCCUCUUAAUGCAGAAGGUUGUUAUGAUCCUUUGGUUCCUCUUAAUGCAUAAGGUUAUUAAGAUCCUUUGGUUCAUCUUAAUCCAGAAGGUUGCUAAAACCCGUUGCCAGUUCCCUUUCUUGAGGAAGAGUCCCAACAUCUCUUCUCUGCCACAUGGAAAACUCUUGUUUACUUCAACAACAACAACAGCAACAACAACACCUCUAGAACCUGCUUUAACUUUCUCUAGGUUUAUCGUUCUAAGUAACUUAGCAUACUGGUGCUGGGACAAGGUCUGGAGAGACUUUGGAGUCUGUAGACAACAUCCAAUGUGAGAGCAAACACCUACUUCCUCCUCAAACACUCUUUAAAAACUAUUAGGAAUAUUUCCUUUUAGACAUACCAAUAAUUUAUUUUUUGCCAGAGCAAAUCUUGCUAGAAACGUAGCUGUUACUUACCUCCCUUGGGCUUGAAUGGCUAAGGUUGUUGAGCUUCUAAGAGCAACUAAAGAUCUGCACAUUUAGAGACCGGUAACACUGAUGUCUUCCUUUAAAAGUUAUAAAACAGUAAACUUUAUAAGCCUCAGUUCCGGCUAUAUGACAUUUGGGUGCCAAAUGAAUAGGGUUUUGUCUAUGAAUUAGAUCGUAAAAUCAUCCAUAGCUCAGACAGAUAGGCUCACUGGCUAUAAAAUGUCACGUGACGCCAUUAAAGUAAGUUUUAUGGUUUUGGGGAGUUGUCAUCCAACAUUAUAUACCACAUAACAUAUAAUCGCACUGACGCUGGACUUCAUUUGACUCUUUUGCAGGCUACGUGUGCCUCCUGGUCAUUCAAAUUAUCAGGUUUAGGUACAGAAGUUAUCUGUUCCCCCAAGUUCUCACAAAUGCUCUGUGAAAAAAAAUGGCGAGCAAGUUAAGCAGUUCUGAAAGGCAUUCUCUUGGAAAAGGUCUGAGAAGACACGAAGGAUUUUCCUGAGGAAAAUGUGUUCAUGUAGAAAGACACAGUCGCUUGGCUGUGCCCUGAUGAAAAUGUAUACUUUCUGGGAGGAGAAUCCGGCACGGAGGGAAAAAAUACAUAUGGCAGGCUGUCAUCAUCCAAGCUCUCCGGUCCAUUGGAAAAUAAGGUUUAAAGACUCGCUCAGUUUGGAAAUAAUUCUGCCGGCGGUUGGAAACGCAAGAAGGUCUACCAGGAGGGGCCAUUGGCGAAGGAACGUCACGUGACAGAGGGGUGCCAAUGUUAUUCUUUAAGGGUGUCAAGACCCUGUCAGUUUGUGAAAUAAAUAUUGGGAAACAACAGAAAUGCAAAAAGCGACCUAUUACGACAGUUCUGCGAUCUAUGGCGGCUAUCCCUACCAAGGAACAAAUGGUUUCGCUUACAAUGCGAGUCAGCAGCAAUAUCCUCCGCUGCCUCCUUCUUCCUCGCUGGUGGAAACGGAAUACCAUCGACCGGCCUGCUCUUUGCAGUCCCCAGGCGGCAGCGGCGGAGGAGGCGGCGGCGUCGGGGGCUCCCUGCCCCACCACAAGGCCACUGACCUCAAUGAGAGUUGCAUGAGGACCCUCACCAGCCAAACCCUAGCGCCCCAGGUCCUACCAGAGCAACCGCAGCAGCCCCCACCUCCAAGCCAACCGGGCCCCCAGCAACCAGCGCCCCCUCCACCGUCCUCCUCGGUGUCGCCUCCUCCCAACGCCCCCAACGCCACCUCCGCCCCGGCCAACGCCACCAAGAGCGCCAUCUUGAACUCGCCCACCAUGUCCAAGCAGAUAUUCCCCUGGAUGAAAGAGUCUCGGCAAAACACCAAGCAGAAACACAGCGGGUCCAGUUCAGGUGAGAGUUGUGCUGGUGACAAAAGCCCCCCUGGGCAGCCCUCCUCUAAAAGAGCCCGCACAGCUUACACCAGUGCCCAGCUGGUAGAACUGGAGAAGGAGUUCCACUUCAACAGAUACCUUUGCAGGCCAAGAAGGGUAGAGAUGGCUAACCUGCUCAAUCUUACUGAAAGACAGAUCAAAAUAUGGUUCCAAAACCGCAGGAUGAAAUACAAAAAGGAUCAGAAAGGGAAAGGCAUGAUGACCUCUUCAGGAGGACAGUCCCCCAGCAGAAGUCCUGUCCCCUCAGCUGCGGGAGGCUACCUGAACUCUAUGCACUCCUUGGUCAACAGCGUGCCCUACGAGCCCCAGUCCCCUCCAUCCUUCAACAAGCCUCACCAGAACGCCUAUGGCAUCCCCACGUCAUAUCCGGCUCCUCUCAAUAACUGCCCACCUCCUCAAAAGAGAUACACGGGAACUGCCGCAGUGACUCCUGAAUAUGACCCUCAUUCUCUCCAAGGCAAUGGUUAUGGCAAUCCACAUAUACAGGGAAGCCCCGUCUACGUUGGGAGCAAUUAUGUGGACACCAUGACGAAUUCUGGGCCCUCCAUCUUUGGUCUGACUCACCUCCCUCACCCUUCCGCUGCCAACAUGGACUACAGUGGGCCAAUGGGCAACAAUCACCACCAUGGACCUUGUGACCCACACCCAACCUACACAGACCUUACUUCUCACCAUGCUUCUCAGGGAAGAAUUCAGGAAGCCCCCAAAUUGACCCAUCUGUAAUUAUAUCAUCAGUUGCUUAGUGAAUCCUAAAAAAAUUAAAAAUAACCCCAGCCUUUUUUUAAAGAAAAGAAAAGGAAAAAAAGGAAACUUUUUGAGUCCCAUUUCCCUGUCCUUCUGGUCUACUAUUUUUUUCUUUUGGUUUUACAAAAAAAGAAAGCAUUUUCUAGUUUAUGUGACGUAGCAAUAUCGGUUGCUUGAAUUGCCCUCUAGUUUCCAUAGUGGAUAUUUAUCUCCUCGAAGUCUUUGCCUUGUGUUCUCGCUUUGAGAGUAACGCCAAGGCUUUCUACAUUCUUAAUGUCGACUCUUUUUCUCAAAACAGGGUAUUAUGAACAAAUUUUCUAUACAGGCGGUUCUUAAAUGUGAAUUUGUUCGUUCGGAAGCUUUUUUUGUAUUAUUUUAAUUGCACUUCUUUUAAAUAGCGAGAAAGAAAUCAAAAUAAGGCGCUUGCUUGCCGAGGGCUUCCCUGAAUGAAAUUAUGAAAAACGUGUACGUCUCUCAACGUCAACGUGUGUAUGCUGGUGACCUUUCAGAUUUAUUUAUAUUUUUUUGCAAACUUUGAAUAAUCUAAAUGUUUAAUUUUUUUUAUUUAUCCCCACCUGUUCAUAUUUAUAUACAUAUAUAUAUAUAUAAAGAUAUUAAAUAAAUACCCCUUCUGUACCCUGAAAAUUCAGGAGAUAUUUACCUGGCUGUAUGUGAAAUGGCAUACCGUAGGGAAUAUCAUUUGGAAAAAAAGGGAACGAGAACUCUUUUAUUUAAAAAAAGGAAAAAUGCAAUAAAAUCCGGAAAACAAACUGUAGAAAUGGACGUCUUGUAAACAUGGAAUCAAACAGGACAGACACACAACAAGGCGGAAACCUGAAUGAGGACAAGACAAAGAGACUCGAUUUGUUUUGGAAGUUAUACAUUCCUUGCUGCUCACAUUCUGACAAAAAAUUACAAAUAAAGUUUUUAUUCUGAAUAA